GAGACAAUCUCCCCCAUCUAAGAUAUAUGUUCAAUUUUUAAAAAUAAGAUUUCAAGCAAGAUAUUUGUUCGAGUUUUAAAAAUAUGACUUCAAGCAAUAUGUUGAGCAAAUAAAAUUUUAAUUUUGUCCCAUUAUGCUUUGUUGUUUCCUAUUAAUGGUGGAACAAAUCAGGAGGACUAGUCAAAUAUCACCGGCCAUUUAUGCUAUUACGAGUCCAGGAGACGGUCUCUUACUUUGGAGACAUCAAAAGUACUUUGUCUAAACCAAAUACUAGCGCAUGGUCUUCUUGCCCAUUGAUAAGUUUGUCAUCUAAUAUACCAGCUUUCACAAAAUUAUUCUUCUACGUGAUUACAUUAACCUUUCACAAAAUUAACGGUCAACUAGCUCAAAUCAGCUAAACGAGGCCGAAGUGGUGCAACCUUCUCUCCUGUCACGUGCAUAUCACGUGCUGAGACACAAGUCCGUAUAAAGCUAUCAGAUUGCCGGGAAGGAAGGGGGGGGGGAAAAGCCCCAGAAACCCCGCAUCAGCGCUCGCUUCUCCCUUCUUCGACCCAAUCUCAGCGAUGGCGAGCCUCCUCUCCUCUCCUCUACUUUCAUCUCGUCUUUAACGAAUCCAUGCCUGAGUUGAUCUCGUGGAAGGCCUCUCUCUCGCUACUUUUCUUCUUCUGGGAUGAAUGCAGGCGGAUCCUGAGGUGGAGGUGCCGGCGGGGGGGCAGCCGAAGAAGAGGACGUUCAGGAAGUUCAGCUACAGGGGGAUCGAUCUCGAUGCCCUCCUCAACAUGUCCACCGACGAGCUCGUCAAGCUCUUCCACGCUCGCGCUCGCAGGAGGUUCCAGCGGGGCCUGAAGCGGAAGCCGAUGGCUCUGAUCAAGAAACUGCGCAAGGCGAAAAAGGAGGCCCCUCUGGGCGAGAAGCCUGAACCAGUGAGGACUCACCUCCGCAACAUGAUUAUAGUGCCUGAGAUGAUAGGGAGCAUUAUUGGCGUAUACAAUGGCAAGAUCUUCAACCAGGUUGAAAUCAAACCUGAAAUGAUAGGUCACUACCUCGCAGAGUUCUCCAUCAGCUACAAGCCUGUCAAACAUGGUAGGCCUGGUAUUGGUGCCACCCACUCUUCAAGGUUCAUUCCACUCAAGUAAUGAGUUUUGUGCUGUCAAAAUUUAUGCUUUUGAGCUCCCUUAGUGGUUAUAUUUUGAUGGAACCCUCUUUUCCCAAUUAAUGGAAUUUUGACCUGGUUGAAUUAUUUGAUCUGGAUAAUUAAACUAUAUUCCAAUGACAAUUUCAUUUUGAUAUCCUUGUUGA